UGUUACAUUGUAGCAAAAUGGCGACUGUCAUUCACAACCCCCUGAAAGCGCUCGGGGACCAGUUCUACAAGGAAGCCAUCGAGCACUGCCGCAGCUACAACUCGCGGCUCUGCGCAGAGCGCAGCGUGCGCCUCCCCUUCCUGGACUCGCAGACCGGGGUGGCCCAGAACAACUGCUACAUCUGGAUGGAGAAGAGGCACCGCGGCCCAGGCCUCGCCCCGGGCCAGCUAUACACAUACCCUGCCCGCUGCUGGCGUAAGAAGAGACGAUUGCACCCGCCUGAGGAUCCAAAGCUUCGACUGCUGGAAAUAAAACCUGAAGUGGAGCUGCCCCUGAAGAAGGAUGGCUUCACUUCGGAAAGCACCACCCUGGAAGCCUUGCUGCGGGGUGAGGGUGUGGAGAAGAAGGUGGAUGCCAAGGAGGAGGAAAGCAUGCAGGAAAUACAGAGGGUGGUGGAAAAUGACGAAAAUGUAGAAGAAGGAAAUGAAGAAGAAGAUUUAGAAGAGGAUAUCCCCAAGCGCAAGAACAGGACCAGAGGACGGGCCCGUGGCUCGGCAGGCGGCCGGAGGAGGCACGAUGCCGCCUCUCAGGAAGACCACGACAAACCUUACGUCUGUGACAUCUGUGGCAAGCGCUACAAGAACCGGCCAGGACUUAGCUACCACUACGCGCACACUCACCUGGCCAGCGAGGAGGGGGAUGAAGCUCAGGACCAGGAGACCCGGUCCCCGCCCAACCACAGAAAUGAGAACCACAGACCCCAGAAAGGACCGGAUGGGACAGUCAUUCCCAACAACUACUGUGACUUCUGCUUGGGGGGCUCUAACAUGAACAAGAAGAGUGGACGGCCUGAAGAGCUGGUGUCCUGUGCAGACUGUGGACGCUCUGGUCACCCAACAUGCCUGCAGUUCACCCUGAACAUGACCGAGGCUGUCAAGACCUACAAGUGGCAGUGCAUAGAGUGCAAAUCUUGCAUCCUCUGCGGAACCUCGGAGAAUGACGACCAGCUCCUCUUCUGCGAUGACUGUGACCGUGGCUAUCACAUGUACUGUUUAAAUCCCCCUGUGGCUGAGCCCCCAGAAGGAAGCUGGAGCUGCCACCUGUGUUGGGAACUGCUCAAAGAGAAAGCCUCAGCCUUCGGCUGCCAAGCCUAGGGCCCCAGGUCGCAGACCGUGACCUGCUGCUGGAGAGGCGUACGCGGAGCCCACUUCAAACCGGAUCAAGCCCCCACUCCCAAAUAUCCAGAGAGACCAACUGUAAGGAAGACCCGUGGUCACAGAGGGCUUGGACGUGCGGCACCGAGAGGGUGAGGUGUCUGCUUACCUCCUACACACAGGUUCCAGCAUUUCGGCGAGCCCCUCCUCGUUUCUACCGGAAGGAUGUCGCACUUUUGAAGAACACCCGUAGCCCCGGCCCUGUGGGACCCCCUCACGUUGCCCCCGGCCCUGCAGCCCUCUCACUGGUUCCCAUUUUAAGGGAAGCUGUUUUGUGACCACCGAUCGGUCACUCAUGUGUAGUCUGGUGUUUUCUAUCUAUUGUGUUCCAAGAAAUCUUCACACAGCCUCCCGCCUCCUGCUUCGGCUCUUUAUCCUGAACUCAGCAAAGGAACAAAAGGCUGUGGAGAAGUUGUUAUUUAUUACAAGCCUCCCUGGAAACUUCCAGACUCGGAGUCGGGAGGCCAUCUUGAUGAUGAAACUCCCUCUUUGUUCCUUGGUCUCUGUGAAGAAGAAAAGAGGUUUUCUGCUCCCCCCACCCCCCAAACCCCCACCCAGAUACCGUGUGAUGUCUACACCCAGGGUGGUCUCUUGAUGGGGCUGGAGAGGGAAGAAGUGCUGAGGGGUGGGUGGAAAUGUUGGGAAGAAAAUUCAGAGGUCCUGCCACAGCCAGUCAGUCUUUGUUAUCCAUCCGGGGGGGCUUUGUGGUUCCUCGACCUUCGGAGCUGGGGUGUCCUUGAGGUGAGAUAAGGCACAGCCUGUGGCCGGGGAAGAUGCUAGGGCUCUGCCUCCCCACCAGCCUGGGUCUGGAACUUUCCCUGGCGGGACUCAAGAACCAGGAAAGUGGGUGAAGCCUGCCCAGUCCAGAAUCUGAAUGUUGGCACAAAGGACGCAGCUUUGCGAAACCCGUCAGUAUUGAUGUGGCACCACAAAGUCCUUUCCCCAAGUAAUUUCUUCCUUCUACACGGUGUGUGUUGGCCACUGUCUGCUGACUGUCACCCGACUGCCACUGUCAUCCGACUCUGGGGAUUUGAGGAUGGGGUCGAGAUGAUUGUCACCUCAACAAAUAACUGGGGUGGGGGGGAUUCUUUAUGAUCACGGUGGCAGUGACGCGCACUCCUCAGCCGGAGGGCUGCUCUUGCCCUCUAAGCUCCCCAGUACGUGCUGGACUCUUGUUUUCCAAAAAAAAGAAAAAAAAAAUGUUUUGAGAAGAAAGAGGUGGGAAGCUGAGCUUCUGAGAUGCCUGUGUUGGAAGUCAGCCCCGAGGGCCGGCGUGGCUCGGGCUGUCUUUGAAUCUCGGAGGCGAUGGCUACGGCAGCAGCACACAGUAACUGACACGUUUCUGGAAAAAUCAUUUGCCCAAAGGGCGGGUCUCGGUGAGCGGGACCCUUGCGCAUGCUCGGCUUCCUUGAAAUCAGCUCCAUCUCCGUGGCCCGGCUGCUCCCAACAAAGGCCAAGGUUAUUUUUAGUCCUCCAGCUCCUGAGGAAGCCCCUGGAGACUGGGAGGCUCGUUGGGCCACUUCUGCCCUGCUGUGGGGUUCGCUCCAUGACUUGGCAAGAGCCUCCCUCCUGGGCUCACUGCUCUCGGCCAGUGGCCUCAGGGCAGCCUGGCGUGGAGCCGAGCGGGGCUGGUCUCACCCAGGCCCUUGCAGAGUGACCUGUGGGGUCAGUCUCCUGGAGGGGCCCAUGGCCUGCGAGUGAGCUGCGUGCAUACAUAACAGGCUGGUUUGAAGGGCCCUGUCCAGAUGGGAUUUUCAUCCUGCUCCUAUGACACGUCCUUCCCCCUGCUGGCUGGGGAGGCUGUUUUGGAUUCUGGAGGGGCAGGGAGGGUUUGGGGAGCUGCCGUGCAGUCUUGUCAUCUGCUCCCCAGAAGUGUCACAUCAGAGGAGCGGAUGUCCUCUCCCGACUGCUCUGGCUCUCUGUCUUCCCACAAAACCCAAAGUGGGGUGUCCUCAAAGGCUGAUUGCUGGUUUUGAAAAUCACUUUGACUUAAUUUUAGAGAAAAAGUGACCAGAAUGUUCCCAAAUGCCACAAUAGCUUAAAGGUUAAAAAAGGAAGUCUGAAACCCCAAACUGGGGCCCUCCUACUUGACAAAACCUCUUUGGAGGGUGUACACAUGCGUUCCACGAGGGGGAAUUGAGUCUUGCAAGGGAGGGUGCUGUAACCCACAGUGGGGUCGGGGCGGGAGCUCCAGGCCCUAGAAUGGGUGUGAAGAGGGUCCAGAGUUCCCUUUCCGGUUGCAUUCCCUGUGGGAUCAGUGCAGCCUCUUCCUCUUUGAGGUCUCAGUUUCCCCAUCUGGAAAGUGGGGAUAGCAAGGCCAGCUUAUGGGACGACACUUUUGGGGUACAGCAAGCAGACAAAAUCUCUAGAGUCACAUUUCUCACUUUCUGUAUUGAGACCAAGAAAAGGACGGUAAACUUCAGAUUGGUCUUUCUCUGACCCCCAGAGAACGAGCUAGAAUCAUGGGGUGCACGUGGCUGAUCAGGGUUUUGGUUUUGCCUUUGCUAUUCAGUAACAAAGUGACCUCGGGCAAGUCACCUAGCGUCUCUGAACCUCAGUUCUCCCCACCUAUAAAACAGAGAUAAUAACCCUUGCCCUGUCUGUUCCACAGUGACACUGGGAGACUAAAAAAGCUUAAUGUUAUAUAAACAACCACCGGAAAGCAGGGCUUUCCAGGGAGGGAUCCCUAACGAUUUCUAUGUCCCCUUCUUGUGUGAAUUAGCCAAGGUCAUCUAACCUUGAAAAGAUAACCUUGAACCUAUAACCAGAAUCUCCCUUUUGACCCAAAUGGGUUUAUGUUUUAGGGGCUGGGCUGCCUGUGGUCAGAGGCAGUAAGCCAAAGCUGUGACAAGGACCCGUGCUUGGGUUUGCUGUUGGUGGGAGGUGAGGGAUUUACCCUGGGGUUGGGGAUUUCAGAAUGAAGAUACUUGGGGGUACUCCUUUCUACAAGAUCAUCAUCACCUAGUCUGGGGAGCCAACUUCUGGAGAGGACUAUGAUUCAGUUCAAUGUAACAUUCACUUAGAAACUUUGGUGUAAAGCCCAGCUCUGCUACAUUUCUAGCUGGUUGACCUUGGGCAAAUUCUGGGACUCCUUUUCCAUGUCUGUGAGGCAGGGAGAUGUGGCCUGUCCAGCAGGGUUGUUGCCGGGAUGAGCACUAGGGCUGGUGAAGGUCUGGCCCUGGGGCCUGUCCUGAUGGAGGCCCCCACACUUGGGUGUCUCUUGUCACUGGGUAGAGCGGCCACCAAUGGGAGAUAAUGACACUCUUGCCUGCCAGCUAGAAUCCCUGGAACAGCCAAGGAGACUUUGCACCCCUAUAUUGUGGCUCCACCUAGCCAGAGAGGGGGCGAGGCCAUGGGAUCUGCGCCGGAAGUGGAAACCCUUUUUUUUCCGAGACACUUCUUUUUUGCUCCUGCAGCAAAUCCAGUGCUGGCAACGUUGUGAGGCUCUCCAGGCAAGGCCUCUGCUAGGAGAUUGACAUUCUGUUUUCCUUCUCAACCCUGCACAGACGCCUAGCACCUAGAGCAGGAGCCCCAGGGUCCCACGGCGCCCCUGCUGCUGUCAGCGCCCCAGGGCCUGGUGGGAAGUCGAGGCAGGCCGCGAGGAGCAGCAGCUUCCUGGGGCUAUGCUCAGAUGUGAGACUUGGAACUAGGAUGGUGAGCCAUGGGUGGGUGCAAGGGAGGCCGGAGUCCUCCAGAACUGAAAAAGGUAACGGGUUGAAAGUUUCGGGUUUAGAUUUCACUGUGAUGGUUUCAUGAUACCCCAGAGAGUUCCGCUCGUGAUGCAUUUUAGGCUUUCUUCGUUGAACACAGAAGAAUGAUUCCUUUCAGCCCUCCCCUUGAAGAACUCAGAUCAUUAAGGAAGAAAAAUGAGAUGAUUAUUAUUACUUUUCCUAUUGGGGCAAGUUUAGGAGACAGAGCCGUGUUCUUGAAGAAAGAUUACUGGCAACUUCAGGCUUUAGAUUCAGAGAAGAGGGGCCCCUGGGUCUGUGGUUGAGGGGAGGUCCGGAAGCCCCACGGACCACAUUCCCUGUCCCUAGACUG